AUGGACAGCUUCUUCGGCCCGGGUUUUAAGCCCAAGGAGAUGUUCGGCAUGAGAAAGGAGAGCACCGGCAUGGGCGAGGGUGAGUUGAAGGUAAAGCUGAAGAUGGGUGCGGAUUUCGUCGGCACCACAGGAAAGGUGCUCUUUCCCGCCGAGUGCUCCACGCCGAAAUUCAUCGAGUCCUACAAGAAGAUCCUCACGACUGCGAAUGCGUAUGCUGCAGAGAUUGCCUGGUGGUGCAACCGCAACCCCGACUACAUCGCAUGGAGCCACGGCAACCUGAACGUGGAUAAUGUCUUCUUCUGGCGAACCGCCGAGGGUGCUCUGGACCUGGGCAUUCUGGACUGGGGAGGUGCUUCCAGUGGCUCCAUGGGAUGGAAGCUCUGGUGGUGGCUGUACUGCUGCGAAUAUGACUUUCUGAACUCCACUUUGGAUCAGCUGCUGGAUACUUUCAUCACCGAAUACCAG